GGUAUUAUCAUAUUGACAAAUUUGCUUUGCCAAAAGUGGCUAGCGAGUGUGACACUUGUGUAGUCUGGUGGAGGGACGUUGUGUAUAUAAGGUGUCACAGCUUCCCAAGGCUCACUUAGCCCCAGUCUGACUGCAGAUACCGACGACCUCGGUCCGCUCUGCCGCGUCACUCCCGUCCUGACAUGAGGUUGGCGGCGCCGCUGUGUUUCCUUAUCUCAGUCUUCUGCUUCCCGCUGCUACUCGAGGCGCGGUUGAAGAAUGCGGGUGACAGCUGGGAUGCAGAUGCAGCAGCUACCGUCAGGAAUGUGCUUCAGGCGUCAUCAAGAGGCGACAUUUCUCUCAUCAUCAUUACUGACACAAGCUUCUCGGCAAGACUUUCUGUUAUUUUCUCUCUCAUUUCAAGAAACAUUAGAUAUAGCUAUUUUUGCUCUGAAUACAAGCUUGUGUAAGAUAUGAGGGCUGAUGAUUUCAGAGGAGGACUACUGAGACGUUUCUGGUAUCAUCGCGAGGCGUGGCGAUGUUCAAGGCUGCCAUGAACGGCUCACGUCUCAGCCAGGUGGUCACACGUGCCCGCCAGGUGCGGGUGGCGUCGUGGAUGGUCGUGGUGGUGGUGGUGAGUGACGACCCAGUCUUCCUGGCCGCCUUCGCCCAACAGACCCGUGAGGGUCGCCUGCUGGUGUGGGCCACGAGGCUCAUUGUGGUGAGCCGCCGCACGCUGCACCGCCUCCACCCGCUCCACCAGACUCUCGCCCUCACCAACUCCCUUCUGCUGCUGGUGGAUGGCGCGGUGGGGGUGAGCAGCGCUGCUGGGUGGGUGGUGCUGCCAUACCAACGGCCUGGCGUCGCGCCGCUGCGGGUUGCCUCCUGGACGGCUGGGGGCAACCUUUCAUUGCAUCGGCCGCUCUUUUGGGACAAAUUUAGCAAGUUUCCAGAAGGGAGUGACGUGAUGGUGGCCAUGGAGGAGAACCACAGUCAUCUGGCGGUGAUGGAGCCAGACCCGAAGGCCCCGGGCGGUGUGAGGCUGCAGUUCGAGGGCUUCAUGAUCAACGUUCUUGCGUAUCUGGCACAAGGACUCAACUUCUCGUACACGUUCAGGCGACCUCCAGACAGAGCAUGGGGCGUGAAGCUGAGGAACGGCUCCUUCACCGGCAUGGUGGGCCAGGUGCACAGAGAGGAUGUGAAUCUCGGCCUGGGACCUUUCGCCAUCAAUGCCGCGCGCUACGAGGCCGGGGACUUUACUUGGCCCAUCAACUUCAUGGUCGUUAAGGUGCUCGGAGGUCGCGGGAGCCCAGAAGUGGAUCCCUGGGGCUUCCUACUGCCCUUUGACCCGUGGGUGUGGGCAGCGCUGUUCUCUUUCUUCUUGCUGCUCUCCGUCACCUCCUACUUCCUCUCCACCGUGUUCUCCAAGAAAGGCUCCAAGAAAGAAGACUUUGCCACAAAAAACCUCCAUUUCAUAGGCAUUAUGUUUCGUCAAUAUCCCUUUCACAUUCCACGCUGGAUUAAUGCUAGCAAUUCAAUACCUGCCAACGUCUUACUAAACCACACUGCAUCUCUUGGCCCGACAGCCAUGUGGGUGGGUGAGGGCGGGUGUUGGUGGCAGCGCGUGAUGCUGGGAGUGUGGAUGCUGAUGACCAUGGUGCUGACGAGGAGCUACGAGGGCAACCUUAUGUCGCUGCUGGCCGUGAGACACCUGCCCCAGCCCUACCAGACCCUCGGGGACGUGGUGGACGACCCCUCGGUGGUCAUGGUCUGGGAAAAGCAAGGAGCACCCAUGCAGGCGGUGAUAGACGCCACUUUCGGGAUCUUCUACGAGGUGAAGAAAAAGGAGGAGCAGGGACGCCUCAGGGUACUUCAGCGCAUUGACUAUGAUUCCAUCCUGGACGAGGUGAUCAGGCAGCAUAAGGUAAUCAUCGAUUACGACUUGGUGACGACCGGGACCAUAAGCAAGCACUUCUCUCGCACAGGGCGAUGUGACUUGUAUGUCGGGCAUGGGAAUAUUCUGGCUCAGCCCAUCGCCCUUAUGAGCCAGAAGGACAGUCCUCUCAUCCCCGCCCUGAACGAGAGGAUUACUUCCAUGAGUGAGGCUGGACUGUACUACAACUGGGCCAAAGUUGCCAACUCCAACUCCACCUCCUGUGAGCGAGUGCCAAUCAAAAUCACCAUUAGCUCCACUCUUUCGAUCAGGCAGUGCUCGGCUAUGCUGAUGGUCCUUGCGGGGGGCCUGGUGGUGGGUCUUGCCGUUCUGUGCCUGGAAGUGGUGGUCGCUAGUGUGUUGGGCACUGACGGUGUGAUUUCGUAG